AUGACCGACAUAGAAGAAAAGGAAAUAUUAUCACCAAAAAGACUUAAAUGGAAUAGUUUAACUCCAGAGGAACAAUCUUAUUUAUCAUGGUUUCCUAAAUACAUAGAAUCAUUGGAACAUUGUAUUAAGUUAAAUGGUGAUUUUACAAGAAAUUUAGCAUUGACAGUGGCAAAUGAUUGGGGUGCUUCAUCAGAUCCUUCAACUUGGUCAAAAUCAAAUUAUAAUGAUUAUGAUAAAGUUAAAUCUAUUUUAAAACAAAUGAUUAGAGAAUGGUCUGAUGAAGGUGAAGAUGAAAGAAAUGUUUCUAUGAAUAGAAUAUUGAAAUAUUUAGAGACAAAAUACCCUAGGGUUAUUGAAAGACAACAUAUUAAAAUAUUAAUACCUGGUUCUGGUCUUGGUAGAUUAAAUUUUGAACUUGUCAAGAGAGGAUUCUGGUGUCAGGGGAAUGAAUUUUCAUAUCAUAUGUUAUUAGCAUCAAAUUUUCUUUUGAAUCAUUCAUAUACAAAGAAUCAUUAUUCAAUUUAUCCAAUGAUUCAUAAUUUUUCAAAUCAACAAAAUAAAUUAUUUCAAACAAGACCAAUUUAUUUACCUGAUUUACAUAACAAAACUGAAUUAUUGGAAUUACAAACUAAAUACCCAGAAAUUCAGGUGGGAGAAUUAAUGUCAAUUGCAUCAGGUUCAUUCACAGAUCUUUAUGGACCAAAUGAUUUAUCAAUAUCAGAACAUUAUUCCCAGGACCCACAGGCAUCUGAAUUUCGUAAAUCUAAUGAAAAUCAAUUUGAUAUAGUUAUAACACAAUUUUUCCUGGAUACUUCAUCAAAUAUAAUUGAAUAUUUGAAAACUUUAAAUCAUACUUUAAAACCCAAUGGUACAUGGAUAAAUUUUGGUCCUUUAUUAUGGCAUUUUGAAGAAAUUGAUGAUGUUUAUGAAAUAAAACAUGCUGAUGGUACUAUCAAACCAAGUCCUGUUAAAGGUUUAGAAUUAAGUAGAGAUGAUUUAAUUGAAUUAUGCAAAAAUUGGUUUGAUUUUAAUCAUCAUGAAACUGGAAUUGAAUCUGGUUAUAGUUCUGAUCCAAAAGCUCUUGGUGGUUGGAAAUAUAAAUGUGAAUAUUGGAUAGCUACAAAUAAAUAA